AUGGACAGCUCCCGGCGUUGUGAUGAUGAAUUGGUUGGUCCCCUCUAUACUUGGAAUCUUGCUGCAUCCUCUCGGUCUAGCAUCUUCCGCGCUGCUACUUUUGCUCGGAUUUAUGGUGCUGGUGGCUGGUCACCUGAUCCUAACGACAAGCAUCCCUGGCUCCAGAUUGACCUGACAAAGAAAGCCCACAUUAAACAGAUUGCUACUCAAGGAACAUUCAAUACAUACAAUUGGGUGACACGCUACAUUGUCCUCUAUGGUGACCAUCCCAGCAACUGGAAGCCUUAUUUUCAACGAGGGGGCAAUUGGACGUUUUUUGGAAACGUAAAUGCAAGCGGUGUGGUCAUCCAUGACCUGCAUUACCCCAUCUUGGCUCGUUACCUCCGCAUCAUUCCUGUGGCUUGGAAUCCCCAUGGCAAUAUUGGGUUACGUGUGGGCCUUUAUGGCUGCUACUACCAGUCUGAUAUCUUAUAUUUUGAUGGGGAUGAUGCCAUUUCCUACAAGUUCCGCACCAAAACUAUCCGUACCACCCAAGACAUGAUUGGGUUCAACUUCAAAACCAUGCAACGCGAGGGCAUCUUGAUGUAUGCAGCAGGGUCUCAGGGAGACUACAUCCGUGUGGAACUGCAUCAGGCCCAGCUGGUUCUUAGCUUGAGUCUUGGUAACAGUUCAUUGAACACCAGUGGAGGGGAGACAACAAUGAAAUUGGGAAGCCUUCUGGAUGACCAACACUGGCACCAGUUUCGCCUUGAUCGCUACAGGCAGUUUGUCAACUUUAGCUUGGAUGGGGAAGUUGUGCGUUUCCGCCUCAAUGGGGCAUUUGAGCAGCUUGACCUAGACACAGAGGUUUUCUUUGGAGGAGUGAUGAACCAUGAGAAACACCGCCUUGCCUAUCGCCAGAAUUUCCAUGGGUGCAUGGAAAACAUAGCUUACAACUUGAUCUACAUAUCAACCAGGGCAAGACGGAGACACCCCUCCAUCCGAGUUGAGGGCCACAUUGGCUUUUUCUGUCGAGACAACCUCUUGUUCCCCUUUACCUUUGCUGGGGUCAACAAUUUCCUGCAAGUGCCCGGCUAUCCCCGGCGCAAUCAGCUGGCAAUCAGCUUCAGCUUCCGCACAUGGGACGUUGUGGGCCUGCUCAUGUACACACCCUUUGCUGAUGACUUGGGCUGGCUUGAAAUGGUGCUGAGCGAUGGGCAAAUCAAUGUAACCAUUGCUCAGCCCAAAACAAAAACCAAGAAGCUGGAAUUUGCAGCAGGAUACCGUCUCAAUGAUGGCUUCUGGCAUUCAGUGUCCUUGAUGGUGCGUGAAACUUCGGCUGUCAUCACCAUCGAUGACCAGAAUGAUGCCAGCUUCCGUGUUGACCGAGAUAUUCAGCUGCGCACAGGGAACCAGUAUUUCUUUGGAGGAUGCCCCAAGCCAGCAGCACGUACUGGCUGUGCCUCCAACCAAACAGCCUUCCAUGGAUGCAUGCAGAUGGUCACUGUAGAUCGGCAGCCGAUUGAGUUAGACUUGGUUCGCCAGCAUCGGCUUGGCAGAUAUUUUGAGGUGUACUUCAAUGUGUGUGGUGUUACUGAUAGGUGUACGCCGAACAUGUGUGAACAUGACAGUCGCUGCAUCCAGUCCUGGGACGACUUCACGUGCAUCUGUGACUUGACGGGUUACAAGGGGGAGACCUGCCACACUCCCAUUUACAAAGAAACCUGUGAUGCCUAUCGACUCAUGGGCAAAACGUCUGGCAACUACACCAUUGAUCCUGAUGGCAGUGGACCCCUGAAGCCUUUUAAUGUCUACUGUGACAUUCGAGAGGAUCGAGCUUGGACCAUCGUUCGACACAACCGGCACUGGCUCACCAAAGUGACAGGCUACAGUCCUGAAAACCCUUUCCUGGGCACAGUUGACUACUGGAAUGCAUCAUGGGGAGAGGUGUCAGCCCUGGCCAAUGCCUCCGAAUACUGCGAACAGCAAAUUGAGUUCUACUGUUAUUUCUCCCGCCUGCUCAACACCCAGACUGGGAUGCCACUGAGCUUCUGGAUGGGUCGAAAUGCUGAGCGCCAUUAUUACUGGGGGGGUUCUCCACCAGGGCUGGGGCGCUGUGCUUGUGGCAUGGAGAAGAGCUGUGCUGACCCCCGUUUCUAUUGCAACUGUGAUGCUGACCAUGCCAUGUGGCGGGCAGAUAAAGGGCUGCUGAAUUUUGUAGACCAUCUUCCAGUCACACAGGUCGUGGUGAGCGACACAAACCGUACUGGGUCAGAGGCCCAGUUCUACGUGGGCCCAUUGCGUUGCUAUGGAGAUCGCAACUCCUGGAAUACAGUCUCCUUCAUCAGGGGAACAGCCUUGCUCUUUCCUACCUUCCAAGUUAACUACAGUCUUGAUAUCAGCUUCUUCUUCAAGACGUCCGCCCCAUCAGGCACUUUUCUGGAGAAUGUGGGCCCAAAGAACUUCAUCCGUCUGGAGCUUAACACUACCCGGGAUGUGGUCUUCCAUUACCACAUUGGAAAUGGUGAUGAGAACCUGACCGUGCACUCAGAGAUGCCCUUCAGUGACAAUGAGUGGCAUGAGGUGAAGGCACGGAUCAACGUCAAAAUAGCCCGGCUGCGGGUUGACCGGAUGCCAUGGGUGUUUCGAGCCGCCCCGCCACAGAGCUUCCUCCACCUGAAUCUCACUAAGCCACUCUAUGUGGGUGCUGCUGAAUACUACCUACGUCCCUUCUUGGGCUGCUUGCGGGGUCUGCACAUGAAUGGGGUGACCCUCAACUUGGAGGGGAAGGCCAAUGAGACAGAGGGGGUGUUAGUGAACUGUACAGGGCAUUGUCGGAACCCCUUGGUGCCGUGCAGGAACCAUGGCAUCUGCCUGGAGCACUAUAGCCACUACACUUGCAACUGUUCUGUUUCUGCCUAUGAAGGACCCUUUUGCAAUCGAGACAUUGGUGCCUACUUUUAUCCGGGCACUUGGGUGCGCUAUGACAUCUUGACACUGCCCUUGUAUGUGGUACGAGAGUUUGCCAAUAUUGUCCAUCAGCCGCUUCAGCCGCUCCCUGGGUACAACUUGACUGGGGAGGAAGUGGGACUCAGCUUUCGCACCAACUCAGCCCCUGCUGUCCUGCUUUACGUCAGCACCUUUGUGCGUGAUUACAUGGCCAUUUUGAUCCGAGAUGAUGGCACUCUGCAGCUGCGGUACCAACUGGGCACCCUUCCUUACGUCUUGGCCUUGAGCACACGCUCAGUAGCUGAUGGGCAGCCCCACCGCAUCAACAUCACGCGUGUGAAUCGGACUUUGUACACCCAGCUGGAUUAUUAUCCUGUCAUGGUGCAUCAGUUCUCCCUCUUUGUGGACAGCAAACUUGAUUCCCCCAAGGCACUUUAUCUUGGCCGUUUCAUGGAGACAGGCAUGAUUGACCCUGAAAUCCAGAGGUACAACACACCAGGUUUCACUGGUUGUCUCUCAGGAGUGAAAUUCAACAGCAUUGUGCCUCUGAAAACCAUCUUCCGGCCUAGUGGCAGCAACCCCAUCAUCCCUUACAGCAUCAAGGGGCGACUGGUAGAGUCCAACUGUGCCUCUAUGCCUUCCAGUUAUAUUGAAGUGCCCCCAGAACUGGAUCCCUGGUACAUAGACCCAGUGGACUUCCUGUACAUCCAUGAUGAUGGCUGGGUUGCAAUCGUCAUUGGAGUUGUCAUUUUCCUACUUCUGCUCCUGGCGGCUGCCCUCAUCUUAAUGUACCUGCACCAUCACCGUUACAAGGGCUCAUAUCACACCAAUGAACCCAAGGCCAUCCAGGACUACAACAGCGGCGCCGGGAGUAGCAGCAGUGGGGGUGGGGGUGGCGGUGGCGGCGGCAGCAGCAGCAGCAGCAGAACAGCUUCCACCCCUUCGGCUAAGCCUGUAGUCUCACGGAAGGAUCAAAAUCUGCCACAGAUCCUGGAGGAAUCCAAAACAGAAUAGUCAACUGGAGCCGGGAGGGUCAACCCUCUAGUUGUCGGUGCUGGCUGCAGCCUCUUGGCCAAGACCAAACCUGAACUGCCAACUGUGCCACUUGCUAGGAGGCUGACUUCUCCCCACCUCACAUCCCUCCAACCACUCAGUGUGAUGGCCUGCCUGGUGCUUUGCCUUGUCUCACAUGCACAUCCUGUGGAGUGUUGCUGCAUCUUCCAGUGGGAACCAAUACCGACCAGCAGGCAUCAGGCCCAAAGUUAUUUAUUUGUUUGUUUGUUUGUUAUAUAACCUCUUUCCUACCAGAUGUGCUUCUCAUUCAUGAAGGGAGUUGGUUGGCACCAGAGCAGCUGUCAAAAUACUUGUUAUUUCCUCCCAACUCAAGGGUAUUAUGCUGUUUCUUCUUCCAUACUCUGCUUUUUCACACCACUCCUUUUUCUGUUUGGGCAGUGUAGUUUCUUCUUUCAAGCAAGAGGGGAUGGCAGAGGUGACAUCCAGCAGGCUGUGUCAAGCAGCCCUCUUUUCCAGUUCGUUGGGACUCUCUUCCAAACCCGUUGCAGGGUUUCUUCUUGGCGGAAGAGGCAUGACUGUCGAUAGUGCACUUUCUUCUUUUUAUUUUUUAGAAACAAGGGAAAAUGCAACGCAAAAUCCAUGCUGGCCUUCUCACUGGUGACUUGCUAGCACAGUCUUCCUGCUUAACUGCUUAGCAUUUUUUUAAAAAAAGCCAUUAGUCAAGCCAUGCAAUAUAGCCUACUUAGAUUGUGGCACGUUAUAUUGUGCCCUGAAAGAAACCAAUGUGCAAUAUAGGUAUCCUUCGCCUGCCAGUAUAUAUGUGCAGCUGUAGCGCAUGGAAGAAUCACUCGCACUUUGCUACCACUUGCUGCUUUCGUAAAUCAGGGUUUUGAGAAUUUUAAAUUCUUUCUACCUUUUUUGUUUUUGCGGUGGGUUAUUUAGACCAACUAGUUUUUUUAUUCUAUCAGUUUGUAUAAAAACACAAAAGCAGAUGUAUAAUCUGUUUUAAAGUGCAGUGGUGUUGUCUGUGGUCUGUAGUUUGCUACUUCAGGGGGAAGGAUGUUUUGCUCCUGGCAAUCUCCAACUCUCUUUGUUCCUUAUCUUGAGAGCUACGUUCACUUGUGAAUUGUAAAAGAAGAUACUGUAGCAGGGGCCAAAUGCAUUUAUUUUAUCCAGAAAGUCUGGGCCUAUUCCUGGGCAGUUUAUUUUUUCUAAAGAGCUGUUUGUUUGGACAAAAUGUGAAGGUUACCAUAAAUAAAUUAAUUAAAGGAGAAGGAUGGGAUGAUCAGA